AUGAGCAACAAUAUACUUAAAUUAUACUAUUUCAAUCUACGAGCUCGUGCCGAACUUAUUCGUUUAAUAUUCGUUGCUGCUGGUCGUGCUUGGAAUGAUAUUCGUAUCGAGUUCACGAAAUGGCCUGAAUACAAACCUAAAAUGAUACUUGGUCAAUGUCCAUUACUUGAACUUCCCGAUGGAACUCAAAUACCACAAUCAUUAAGUAUUGCUCGUUAUAUAGCACAUGAAACAGGUCUAGCUGGUACAGAUAAUCUUGAAUCGGCUAAGAUUGAUGCUGUUGUUGAUACUCAACGAGAUAUGAAUGAAAUAUUUCAUACAAAAGUUUUAUUUGAAAAAGAUGAAAAUAAAAAAUCUGAAGAACUUGAAAAAUUUCUAGCUAAUGAUCUUUUUAAAUAUGUUAAUCAAUUAAUGACUCUUAAGAAAGCUUAUAGUACGGAUACAAAUUAUUUCGUUGGCAAUAAAUUAUCAUGGGCUGAUCUUUAUGUUUAUCUAUCAAUUGAAAGAGUUAUCAAAGCAGCACCACAAAUGAAAACUCAAUUAGAUAAUCAUUUCAAAGAUACAUUUGAUGUUAUCAAUAACAAUCAAAAUAUAAAGAAAUACUUUAAUGAACGACCUGAUACACCAUUUUAA